GUUGUUAGCGCGUCGGAAUCGCACUACGCUAGUAGUAGCCGUGGAGAAUGUCGUCCCAGAAGCGCGGUAGGACCGAUGGCCACCUUUCGAAGGAGCAGUAUAAUGCCGUCGGCGGGGGUGCUUCAUCCAGCCAGGUUCAGGGAUUUUCUUUCGGAGGCGCGUCUGGCCUUUCUUCUGCGCCGGUGGCGGACCAGGACACGCUGACGGCGCGCAAGAUCGUGAGGGUGGGGACCGGGAGGAUGCGUCGCCUGAACAAGAAGUUCAAGGACGCAGUGCAGCAGGUGCUGGCGCGGGACGGGAAUACGGACCUGACCUACAUGGUGGCCGACUACUUGUCAUACUCGGCGAGAGUGCACCAAACGUUCUUUGCCGACCAUGGACAGGUGUACAUGUGCGGCAACGGGGACUGCGGCCAGCUGGGCUUCGGGACGGAAGAGAUGCGCGACAUGGACGUGAAAGUGCCGAGGCUUCUCCCGGGCCUGUCGAAGCAUCGGGUGACGGCCGUGACGUGCGGCGGGAUCGCCACCGCCGCCCUUACGGAGAGCGGGCGCGUGUUCACGUGGGGGUCUUCGGACGACGGGGGGAUAGGCCGUCUCUCGGGGCCCGAUGCACCGGAACAGUUCCCGGGGGAGGUCAAGGAGGGUCUCGAGGGGGCGACCAUUAUCAGCCUCGCCUCGGGAGAUUGCCAGACCAUCGCGCUCGACCUUUCGGGGAAGGUGUACGGGUGGGGCUGCUUUAAGGACAAGGAGGGAAAACAGUGGUUCCAAGCCCCCGCGGACAAGGGAUCCAAGGCCUGCAAGGGUGCUGCUAAACGACCCAUUGUGAUUUCCGGUCUACCGCCGCACGUGGCGGACAUCAAGUGCGGCAAUAGCUUCUGCCUGGCGCUGACAAUGGCAGGCGAAGUGUUGAGCUGGGGCAUCGGGGAGAUCGGCGAGCUUGGUCGAGAGGUGUGCUCGAUGAAGGUGCCGCCCGUACCGGGGUCGGACGAGGAGCCUCCCUACGACUUCGACGGCAUCCAGAGGGACCACCUCACUCCCGCGGGCAUGUACAGGGCGGCGGAGGACGGGGGCGCGCGGAUGGAGAAUGUGAAGGCGAUCGGGUGCGGAGACUUCCACUCGCUGGUGGUAACGAGGGCUGACGCCGACGUGUACUCUUGUGGCCUCAACUCGUACGGCCAGCUGGGUCUGGGCGACACGGACAACAGGAAGCGGCUGGCGCUCGUCCAAGACCUCGCUGCUUUGAAUACGAUGGCCGUGGCCGGCGGGGGUAUGCACUCCCUAGUCUUGACUACGGAGGGACUCUUCUCUUUUGGCAGGAAGGACUCCGGACAGCUAGGCUGCACCGCUGCAAUCAACAAGGACGACUGGGGGGCCUUCGAGACCAGUCCCAUGGAGGUACACCUACCCUCCGGAGCCGGCAGCCCCCGCAAGGUGGAGUGCGGUACUAACCACUGCCUCGUCAUCACGGACAAGCACGAGCUGUACACGUGGGGAUACGGCGAAAUGGGCGCCUUGGGUCACGGCAAGGACGUUGACUGCAACUUGCCCAAAAAGGUCGACACGGCAAAACUCGGCAUCACCAAGGUUUUGGACGCAGACGGAGGCGGACAGCAUAGCGCCAUCCUGGGAGAAACGGCUGAGAGCUAAUUGUUGAACAAUGCCGAUUCAAGUGGUCUGAAAGAGCGUACACCCGUGCAGUGGAUGAAUCCAUGUUGGGCGGAGGAAUCCGGGGAGGAGGGGGGAUGGCUUGCUUUUCCCUGUAAAGCUUGACCAAAUAUUCAUACGCGCGUUUCUGUCGGGCCCGAUGAUCGUGCGAAGGAGUAGGAUUUAAUAUUCGUAGAACGGCCAGGACAUAUUCCCACUUUUUGCCGAAGAGUGCGAAAUAAGUCGUUGGAUGGAGCGAGCCAGUCUGGGUAAUGGGCUCCUGAGGGUUUUGUGGAUAAAGAUGCUACGUAGUCGGUAGGUUGACCCCUUUGGGUCUAGCAAGGUCUAGCCUCUUCAUUUUUCGGCAAAAAAAAAUAAGAACGGGGAGAGAUUGCGGGAGAGAGAGACAAAAGUGCAGCAAAAAGGGACAAAUGUACAUCAGUAGACGCAACAGCUAUCUCCACCCAUAGGCCAUGAGGGCACAGAGUGGUGGGCACAAUCAGGGUCAUAGAAGGGUUGAUGCGUGGUCGCGGUGCGGCCGGUAGGGCAGGUUAGGCUUGAACACGUCGAAAAUAUCAGUCGUCAAGCUGCCUAUUCUAUUCUAUUUUCAGGAUGUCCAAAUGAUCAGUGAAAAUGGUCAACAAGAGGGCUUGUAGACCCAUAGCUGGUUCUUGUACUUCUGUACUUUUUGUGUCCCCUCCCCAAUGUGAGCCCUGCCAGCUCACUACAGCUCCUUUGAUUUUCCCACAAUUUCCGCAAGCACGAAAGCACACCAACACACACCUACCUUUGCAUCAGUGUGGCUCUCUAGAGUUCGGGCGAGGGUAUGUGUGGGGCCAUGAUAGCAGUGUAUGUUGGACUCUUCUAUGCUGAAGCUGCUGUGUAAUGUAGGAUGGCUGCAGUCACGAUGACUGCUGGAUCUUGGGAGUGUACGAUUUUCAAAUUUGGAGAACAUGCAGCAAACACCACGAUAUCCUUCGUUGGUCUUGAAAUGCCCCUUUUUCCUGCCUCCGCUCUUGUCUUCAGUGGCUUCCUAGAUUCAGGCGAGAUCAUGUUUGUGGUGCUGUUGGUGUGUCGCUGAAAGGAUUUGAGGAGAGAUUUCUUGUGGCAUUCGCAUUUCGCGCAUUGUGCAGUUCUCGAAUUUUGGUACCGUUCCAGGGACGGACCUUGAUUUUUCCCGCUGGCACUACUGUCGUUUCACUGGUCACCAGUCACCGCGGUCGUGCAAAAAAUGAAGACAUACCUACCUAUGGACUCGCCAACGCCUGGCGUGGAGCGAUACAGGGCGGUAACUCCAUGGCAUGCCACCACGCCAGCAAUUGCAAUUGAUCAAUAAAAUGAUCUGUAAGGGCGCCUGUAGACCCUAAAGGUUUAAUUGGGGAGCACGUUAUCGUCUUCCGGUAAAUAUGAAAUAGUGCAGUUUUGAAGAAGCAAGCGCGCUGUAACGGGUGAAAACAUCAUUCCGACCUCGGGACAAACAGGGUGGGCGUGUGUUGGCGGUGGUAUAGUUGCGAUGUGAGCAACUCCGGGAAUGAAUGAGACGGUCGUUAGCUGCCCAUGCGGAAAGAUGAAGCGUCCUAUGCAUAGGUGGCAAAAGUGCGAAUCAUUUCACUCCACGACAGGAGCC